AUGAUGGAUACUCUGCGGAGGAAGUUCAUCCGGAUCUGCAUGAUUCAUCGUCUUGUCGGUUGUGAGGUCCCUGAGGUUAUGCAUGGUUGGGAGAAAGAAUUUCGGAACAAUUUCUUUAUUCAUCGGGCGACAAAGCGACAUAAGAGAUUCGAACUGCUUCGAAGAGUAAGAAUUGCGUCUUGCAACCGACCCCAGCUGUUCAACCGGUUUUUGAACCACUAUCCAGCAAUCAACGUAUCGUGGCAACCCCCAUUGCUGUAA